GAAAAUGGGUUGCCUCAUAUUUCUUUGUCGUUAGCUAUUGAAUAAUGUCUGGAAGAGGUAAAGGAGGUAAGGGGCUCGGAAAAGGAGGCGCUAAGCGCCAUAGGAAGGUGCUGCGGGACAACAUCCAGGGCAUCACCAAGCCUGCCAUCCGCCGCCUUGCCCGGAGAGGAGGCGUGAAGCGUAUCUCCGGCCUCAUCUACGAGGAGACCCGCGGGGUGCUGAAGGUGUUUCUGGAGAACGUGAUCCGGGACGCCGUCACCUACACCGAGCACGCCAAGAGGAAGACGGUCACCGCUAUGGAUGUGGUCUAUGCUCUCAAGCGCCAGGGCCGCACUCUGUAUGGCUUCGGAGGCUAAACACCGAGGCGCAUCUAAUACCAUCACCCGCACACAAAGGCCCUUUUCAGGGCCGCCCAU